AUGUCAGCACCAUAUCAAGAUUUAGAUUUUUUCACGACAAUCGAUGAAAAUGACUUACAAAAUUUAUCGGGGAAAUCAGUUUGUUUGGCAAACGACGACGACGACGAUGAUAAAAACAUAAAUGAUUUUUGGGAUAAAGAUCCAUCACCACCGACAAACGACGAAUACGACGAAGAAGUAUUCAAAAAUGGCGGCGAUAAAGAAGAAGUAGAAGAAGAAGAAGAAGAAGAAGAAAUAAAAGUCGAAUCAACCGAAAGCGAAAGUGAUAAAAAACAAUAUACAAAUUUUCCUAAAUGCGGUUUGAAAAUUUUACAUAAAGAGGAAGAUAAUUCGAGCGAUAGAUUUUCAACCGCUCUCUGGUCGGGAAGAGAUGAAUCAACUUCGAGAUCCGUUAAUUCUUGGAACGUUUCGACAGCCGGUCCCGUUCCCUGGGACGACAGCCAAAAACCCAUCGAACGUUUACUUAAUUAUGCCGAUUUGACCUUGACAAAAGAAGAAGAAAAUGGUCUUUUGACCGACAGAAUUGUCGCCGCUUGUAGUUCUUAUUUAACGGAUUCUCCCGGGAAUAAAUGUCGCGUUGUUGCAAAAGUUUCACUUACCAAUAAAAACCUGAACGACAUAAGAGUUUUAAGUUAUCAUAGAUUUUUACAAUAUGUCGACCUAUCAUGGAACAAUUUAACGGAUUUAACACCGCUCGGUUGUAUACCUUAUCUCAUGUAUUUGGACGUGUCGCAUAAUUUAAUGGAAGAAGUUCUUCGUUUCCGGCCUCCGUUGAAUUUGACAUACGUUAAUUAUUCUUAUAAUCAAGUUUGGCAAAUAGAUAACCUUUCUGAUUUUUGGUCCCUCACUUAUUUGGAUCUUUCACAUAAUAAAAUAUCUAAAAUACAAGGAUUGCAUAAUUUAAAGUAUUUACGUUAUCUCGAUUUAUCACACAACAAAAUAGAAAGAUUUGAAAAUUUAAAUAAUUUAAGAAUAACGGAUUUAAAUCUCGAAUAUAAUUUAUUAUCGAGAUUCGAAACGGAAAUGGAUUUGGGAAUACACACGAUGCCAUAUUUAACGAAUCUUUAUUUAAAUAAUAAUUUAAUAAAAGAUUUGAAAUUUUUAAAGAACGUUCACAGUUUAAAAAAAUUAGAAUUACAAGGAAAUGACAUAACGGAUUUAUUACAAUUGACAAACAUGAAAAAAUUAAAAAAUUUACGACAGUUGGAUUUGUCUAAUAAUGACGUAAGCAAGCAAAAACCUUACAGGAAUUUAAUUUUGAGCUUUUUGAGAGAAUUAAAAUUUUUAGAUCAAACGGAAGUUAAUAUUUCGGAAAGGGUCGCUGCAUGCAAACACCAUAAAUACGACCUACAACUCGAAGCGGCGAGAAACAAUGCGAGAAUGUUACUUUUGGAACAACUUAAUGACGUCACUAUGGACAUGGACGUUUUACCAUACGAUCAAGGUCCUUAUCCGUUUGUUAUACUCGUCGGUCCAUCAGCAUCAUCUAAAAAAUCAAUCAUUUCGUCAUUGGCAGAAAAAUAUCCGGAAAAGAUUUACAUUGGAAAAUUGCACACGACUCGGAAAAUUUUAGAUGGUGAAAAACAUUUGCUCAAACACGUCAAUAGAGAAAAUUUCAAUUGUAUGAUACAAUCUGGAAAAUUUUUAAGCGUUUAUGAAAAUUUAGGACAUUUUUACGGUUUUAGUAAAAGCGAACUUGGUAAUGCCGUGGCAGAACGUAAACUUUGCCUUACCUGUAUGGACAUGGUAAGCGCUUUGACAAUUUACGGUUACGGAAUUCGUCCUUUUCUCGUACUCGUCAUACCCGAAUCUAAAGAAGAACACGUUAAACGAUUAAAACUUACCUACGGUCCUGUUAUAUCCCGUAUAGGUGCUGCUUACAUGGCACAAAGACAAUUAGUUCACAAUCACGAGAACAACAUCAAAAGAGUUGAAAACGUUUUAGAUGAAUUAAUAAGAAAAAUGUUUGAUAAAAUUUAUGGAGAAAAAUCUGAACCCUAUAAUGUUGUGGAUGAUGAUUAUGACGGACACGAUGAUAAAAUAAUGGAAAAAAAUGAUAAUCAAGUUUUGGAAAAGAUUUUUCACGCGGAUAAAGAAGGAAUAAGUACGGAAACACUUUCGGGAAAUUCGUCAAUUUUUGGCUGCAACGCUCCUGGAAAAAAUCAGAAUUCCUUUACCUGUUCUCCAAGUCGAUGCGGAUUUCAAAAAUGCAUGGGACGAAAUAAUAAUAAUAAUAACGAAAAAGAAAACAGCGAAGAAUCUCAAAGUCACGUGACCAGCGAAAAUUACGUAGGUGAAAUGUCAACGAGUUCGUACAGUGCCGAUCUUCAAGUACCAAUAAAAGUUGAAAUCGGGUCAUCAGACCUUAGCACGUAUGGAGAAGAAGAUCCUUUUGCUGAUUUAUCCAUGCCGUUCGUUAACUGGAGCGAAGUUAAUUUAACGGGUUUACAAUUGGAAGAAGCUGCGGAAAUACUUUGCGAACAAUACAUAGAAAACGUCAUGUCGACGAGAGACGUCUACGAAAAUCUUCAUCUGGAUAAUCCUGGACUUUUUUCAUUAUGCGUAUUUACAAACGACAUUGAAAAUUCAAUAAAAUCGAUAACGAAAUUAUUGAAAGAAAUUUGGAGAACGACUGGAGAACGACAACCCGUCAUGGUUCCUCAAAAAUUAGAUCAAUUAAAAGAAAUAUUACAAAAUGAUUUUCUCUCGUCCGGUGAUGGAUCCUCAAAAUUAUUUAAUUUUAUGGUUCCAUCAAGUUCUCCAGCAACGAUUUGUAGAGAAAUGAAAACAAAAGGAUUCGGAGAUUCGUUCAACGAUUUUUAA